GAGAGGAGCAUCAUCAUCAUCAUCCUCAUCAACAUCACCAUCGUCAUCCUGCCGCCGCUAUCAAGCUGCCACGAGCCAGCCCGCCUCGGAAGCGACACGUCGACACAAAUUGUUCCUCGCAAUAAUCUGCCUUUAAAAAAAAAAAAAUCAUAUUAACAAAUAAGCGCCAUCAUGUCAGCCGGAGGAGAUUUGGGGAACCCCCUGCGGAAAUUCAAACUCGUCUUUUUGGGAGAGCAGAGCGUGGGGAAAACGUCUCUCAUCACCAGAUUCAUGUAUGACAGUUUUGACAACACGUACCAGGCCACCAUUGGGAUUGACUUCCUAUCAAAAACCAUGUACCUGGAGGACAGAACAGUUAGGCUGCAGCUGUGGGACACAGCCGGACAGGAGCGCUUCCGGAGCCUCAUCCCGAGCUACAUACGAGACUCCACCGUGGCCGUGGUGGUCUACGACAUCACAAACGUCAACUCGUUCCAGCAGACGUGCAAGUGGAUCGACGACGUCAGGACCGAAAGAGGAAGUGAUGUCAUCAUCAUGCUGGUUGGCAAUAAGACGGACCUGGAGGAGAAGAGGCAAAUCACAAUUGAGGAGGGAGAGCAGAGAGCCAAAGAGCUGCAUGUCAUGUUCAUUGAGACCAGCGCCAAGACAGGCUGCAAUGUCAAACAGCUGUUUCGUCGUGUCGCAGCAGCUCUUCCCGGGAUGGAGAGCCUGGACGACGCCAAUCCUGAAGGCAUGAUUGACAUCAAGUUGGACAAACCGGCAGAGCCGAGCGUCCCCGAGGGCGGGUGCUCAUGCUAAUGCCGAGGUGUGAUUGGCCACAGCUCCCUCCACGCCAUAGGCUUGUUAUGUUGCGUAAACUAUUUCCUGGUUAGCCUACAGUUGACUCUUGACUCUAAUUGGAUAUACUAUAGGAUUUGUCUGGUUGGACCAAUCAAUCAUUCUCUCUCAAUCAGUUGAUAAGUUGUAAAAUAUUGUAUACUUUGUCAAUAUGUAAGUGACCCGAGGACAAAAAAAGAGAAAACAACUAUGCGGAAAUGAAAAGGAACACGAAAACAAUUUUGGAGGGGGGGAAGACUCCAACGGGAGACGACACCAGUUUCUUUUUCGCUGUUAUGUUUUGUAUUUUUUAUAUAUAAACAGGGAAAGCACCAAAAAUGAUGCCCAAGCAUAAAAGGAGAGUUUUAGGCAAGGGGCUACAUAGAGGGGUGUUGGUCGGCCAUUUCCCCCCCUAAAAUGGACGAACACGUCUAAAUGUCUGCAGCACGCAUGCACGUCGGUCUGAUUUAUUUUGAUUGACUUACUUUCAUUAUUUGAAAACCUGGCCUGACUGCUCUCAAGAAUGUUUUCUAGCACCUCUCUCUCUUUCUCUCGAUAGCAUUAUCACAUCUCACACAACUUCCUGUAGGCUCACAUAAUGGUAGCUGUGAAAACGUGGCACUCUCUAGCUCUCGCUGGAUUCAACUUUUAUAGAAACAAAUUGUACUGUGCAUUUAAAAAAAACAAUAGUAAUAAUACUAAUAAUACUGUACAAAAAAAAGACAUCUUCCUCUCUCACCCGUCCUCUCCGUCUCUCCUCGUAAUUCCUAAUCCUCCCCCUGCCCCUCCAUCCAGGAAAAACACAUAUAACGAUCCACUGUAAUGCACUGCACUGUAUAUAAUAAUGUAAUAUGUAUGUUGUGAACGUCCUCGCUGUACAAGUGGUCCUUGUUCACCAGUAUGAAUAAUGUAAUAAUGUUUCAUGAUUAAUAAAUGACAGAUUAAAGGGCGUCACUCUCCUAAAUCACAACAUUUACAAACAUGCUUUCCUGGGAUUAAAUCCACUUGUCUUUUCUUUUUCAUUUUUUCAUACAAUAUAGAGGGGACCUACACAUCCUUGUUAUAUGUACAGUCAAUGAAAUGCAGGAAAUAAGCAAAACUACAAAGGAAUGACUGAAAAGCAACAUUUCUUUAUUUAUCUUAUUUAUAAACCUUUUAUCCCAUUCAUGGUUGUGGAGGGACUGGAGCCCUAUCCAAAAGACAUUUUAUUGUCUAAAAUUUGUAUCAAAUUUAUUUCAUUUCAAAAGUUAUUUUAAAUAAAUUAAUCUAGUAUAUCUUUCCAAGACAUUUAAUUUUGUUUAAAUGUAUUUCGUUCAUGUAUAUAAAUUCAUAAUAUUCAUUCCUUCAUUUUUUAAUGCUUUGGGGUUGGGUGAGCUGGACCCUCAUC